CAACGGCCUACAGUCGAAUGGUAGCGACGGCGGCAGACGGCCGAGCCGUAUUCAGACGUACGGCGCGAAGUUUUGCGAGGUUACCGCGCGUCUUUUUCGAUAUAUGUCAUCGAAAUUACUUAAUUAAAAUGCUUAUUAAUAUCACAGAUAUAAAAUAUUAUUGUUGUGUGUAAAUUUAUGUGUUUUUCUUUUUAAUAAUGUGUAACAAUGUGUUAUAAUAAAUAAUAGUUUAUUAAGAAAGAAACAAAGUUUUAUUCUGUGAUUGGUGAUUGGUCGUAAAGAUUUAGUUUGCUGAAUUGAAACUGGUAUAUCUAAAACAUCUCUCUAGAAUAGAUAUGAAACAUGGAAGACUAUAACGAGACACUGCUGUUAAAUAGUUCGGAAACGUAUCAGCCCUACUACCAGAGGCCUGAGACAUAUAUUGUCCCGCUUAUUUUCGCUCUGAUCUUCGUAAUCGGAGUGGUUGGGAAUGGAACUCUUGUGGCGGUGUUUGUGAGACAUAAAGCAAUGAGAAAUGUUCCAAAUACAUACAUUCUCUCCCUUGCACUAGCUGAUCUACUAGUGAUCAUCACGUGUGUCCCCUUCACGUCGAUAGUGUACACGGUUGAGUCCUGGCCGUGGGGUGACACAGUAUGUCGGGUGUCAGAAGCAGCGAAGGAUGUCAGCAUUGGAGUAUCAGUGUUCACGCUGACGGCUUUAUCAGCUGACCGGUACUUCGCCAUCGUAGAUCCGUUGAGAAAAUUGCACGGUACAGGCGGCAGUAAACGAGCCACCCGGCUGACUGUUGCAACAGCAAUUGGAAUUUGGAUUUUAGCGGCGUUGCUCGCCACUCCGGCGUACGUCGGCUCCUACGUGAGGACUUUUGUCGUCAAUCCUACUACACAAUUUCUCGUAUGCUACCCAUAUCCAAAUGAAUGGGGAGAGAACUACCCUCGGACAAUGGUGCUUAUCAAAUUCUUUGUAUACUACUCCUUGCCGCUGGCGGUUAUUGCACUAUUUUAUGUGCUGAUGGCAAGGCACCUGGUACUCAGCACACAGAAUAUGCCAGGGGAAAUGCAAGGAACCCAGAGACAGAUGAGGGCAAGAAGAAAGGUCGCACUAACUGUACUAGCGUUCGUUCUCGUCUUCGCAGCGUGCUUUCUACCGUCACACGUCUUCAUGAUGUGGUUUUAUUACUGUCCCACGGCUGAACUGGACUACAACGGAUGGUGGCAUGGUCUCCGUAUCGUAGGCUUCUGCCUCUCGUUCUUGAACAGCUGUGUCAACCCCAUAGCUUUAUACUGCACCAGUGGUAUAUUUAGAAAGCAUUUCAACAGGUAUCUGCUCUGUCGAGGCACCGCUUCGCACGGGCCUAGAAGCUCUCUGUCCUUAUCCACAUCAAGGCGACUGCAUUCCAGCAGGAAAACCAAUAUCAGCAUGGUGCCAAGGACAACGAGUGUGGGUCGAGAGAGCAGCAUUCGUCUUCUGAACAACGGCUCGAAACUCUGAGGAAGGAGCCACGGCCGGCUGCCGGCCAACAACAACCAAGAACGUUCCCAGGAGAACUACAGCAAGUGCUUCAUAUACAAAACGGACAAUAUGGCGCCCUUCCCCAAGUGCUGCGAACACGAGAACGGUGUGAAACAUAUGGAAACCAACGUGGAUGUCAAAGACGCCAGUAGCACUGAGAGUUUUUUUAUGCAGCUCGAUAGCUCUUUUCACUCUAAAUAAUUUUAAAAUACUAUGGUACAGUGAUAUUUGUAAAUAUCUAUACUUCCCAUGUUUUAGCAUCAUGUAAGAGACAGAUUGAUAAUAGAAAAAGUAGAUUAAUGGAAUUCCAAGAACAUAAUAAUUUUAUUAUUAGAAGAUUCUUAAGCAGAUAUUAUAUUUUAAUAUAGUCAGCGCUCACGAUCGCGUCACAAUCGCUCAUGAGUAAGGAUCACGAAUUGGUCUCUUUUAAUUUGUAACUUAUUCAAUAAAACAUUUUCUGAGAAAGUAAAGAAUCAAUUAUGACAGCUAUAUUGUGUCCUAAAAUCUUAUUCUGUACAAUGCUUAAUAAUGCCAGAAUAUCUGUUGUUAUCCGCAUGAUGCUACAACGUACAUAUUGUAGUAUAGGAGUAAGUGUAUAUAAUAACAUAACAUAUUCAUCUAUUUUUUUUUUUAUUACACUAAGGAACUUCUUUCAUUUCUUAAAACGAUACACUCGUUAAUUUGACGUUUACAACUGUUUUGUAUAGGAUAUAUUAUUCUUUAAAAUGUAUAGGAAUAUACAGGUGUAAUAAAACUCUUUCUACCAAUAAAACUAAACUUUUCCCCAAAAAAUAAUGUGAUGAAACAUUACAAAAAAAAAAAACCUUCUAUAAAUGGGUUAUAUCCGAUAUCUAUAUAUUGAUUUCUUCUGGACAUUGAUGACCACCCAUUGCGAUAUCGCCCAUGCCAGUCGGAUAUCUAUAUUCAUUACGAGCGGGUUCUUCUUUUCGAUAUUUUAUAUUGAAUAACGAGUACUUAACCCUUAAAUACCUGAAGCUUCAAAUUUGAUACCGGGGUUAUAAAUCGCAUUGGGCGCCUACAAUCGAUUUUAUUUUAAUAUUUGGCUGUUUAGAUGUUACCAAAUGUUUUUUCAAAAUAAAUAUAUAAAAAUAUCGUUUUAAUUUUUUUUUACUAUUUUUCCCCAUUAGUAAACACAAUAAAGGGUACACUUAUAUAUUUUUUAAUUUGAUUUAAAAUAUCAGGCUUUUAAGGGUUAAUAUAUCUGUUAUUGGUCCAAUAUAUGUAUAGAUAUUAUAACUACAAUAUAUAGAUAUUGCUUUAUAUUACCCACCCUUAUUACUGGCUGGAAACAAUAAGCUCAAAAUUCAUGAGCAUUUUAGAAAAAUGUUGAGUAUCUCUUGCAGAACACUUCCUUAAAAGAAUUCUAAGGAUUUUGAUUUGAUCCAGCAUACCAUUAGAUAUUUAUUUCUUCAUGUACAUUAUUAAAGUACCAGUUUUAGCAUUUGUACAUAGUUAUGAAUAAUAUAAUGUAACAUUUCUAACAUUUAUUAGAAACUAGCUGUAUUGUAAUUUAAAUUGAAUUUUCGUAUUUAAAUUGUGUAUACUUCUUCUAAAGAAGUCUACCAAUCCAAGAUGGCGUUUAAAAAAGUAAUUUAAUCACUUUGGGAAAGAUUUUUUUUUUAGUUAUUUCUAACCUACAUAUUCACUCAUGUUCAGCUUGAGAAACUAUUAAAAAUUAUUACAUACAGCCUGUUUUUCUUUACGUGAAAUGCUGCGUCAAAUGACUGAACCUGAUAAAUAUAUUAUCAAGUUAUUUUGUUUGCAAGUUAGCAUAAAACAGAGAAAUUAAAAGUAAAAUGAUUUUUGUUUCAUUACUCAUAAACUCAUAAACUUUAUUUCUAAAAUUAUAUUAAGCACUAGCUGUCCCGGCAAACGCUAUAGGGUUAAACGAUAGGGACACCCAAAUCACCUAGCAGUAUGAAAUAUACUUUGCGACCUAUUUUCAUACCUACCAAAUAUACAUAAAAAAUGUAUUAUAAUAAAAAUCGGUCAGACCCUUUCGAAGGAGUUCGACCACAAACACCUUGACACGAGAUUUUUAUAUAAAACAUUUAAUAUAUAGUCUUAACUAACCUUAAUUGUUUAUAAACAUUUGUGAUAACUUCGCCAAUUAUGAACAAAGAACCAAUUUUAUUGGUUUUUUUUUUUUAUUUUAACCAACAUUGAACUCGGUUCUCGGUAUUUUGUUUAAAAACUGAAGUGAAUUUAUUGUCUUUAGAUAAAGCUUUAUAAUAGAACUUAUAUUGUAGAUGUAUAUUGUAAUAUAAAAGAUGUAAAUAUUAGGAAUUAUAUUUAUUGUAAAUUUUAUAAAGUUCUGAACAUGUUCUUAGUAAUAAACGCAUAAUAUUAUUACAAUAAAUCGAAGAAAGUUACCUGAUGAUUGUUUAUAAUUAAAUAUUGUACCUAUGAUGACGAUUCUACGAAUAAUAGUAAACAUUAUUCAUUGAAGAUUUAUAUAGAUAUUUAUAUUAAGUAAUAAAUAAACGGGGGCGUUAUUAUAGUUUUAAAAAUAAAUCAUUUAAAAUUGAGAUUCUCAUAAUAGAUAAUAAUGUAUAAAUUAUAUAAACGUAAUGUAUAUACAGGUGAAUGAUGUUCAACAGUACACGAUGGAUGAUGAUGAUGAUGAUGAUAUAGGUGAAGUAGAAAUUAAGGAUGCUUAAUCCCUUUAACAGAGUGUUCUAUCGGUAAAUUUAAAUGUUUUCUCUCAAGUAAACAUGAGCCAAAAAACGUCAAAUAAUCUUGGACUUCUCUUACUAAUACGAGACUCACUGGUCAGUUAGUAUGGGGGCUUGAAAUGAUUUAUUUAAUUUUACUAGUAGAACAUUCCUUAAAUUUUAUCGAAGUAAUUCUAAUUUCACUCACUGUCUAUAAAAUACAUUUUUUUUUUUUUUACAAAUAUCAUCAUCAGCCAUCUGCUAAAUAUAGGUCUCCCCCAAUAGGAAAACGUAUUUUUCCUUUUUACAAUAACGUCCCUAAGUAGUUGCAAAUUGCUAUCUAGUCUCUGUUUAAUCCAAUCGAUAACUGUUCAUUCGAUAUUGAACUCAAAAUAUUUAGAGACACAAAGUUACAAAUGCAAUUUUAAUAUCUGUGAAUGAUUUGUAUGAAUGAUUGAAAGAGAUGGAAAAUGUACACAGCUUUUUAAUCCAUUGCAGUGUAGUAUUUUUAUUUAUUCUACAGUUUUAAAAAUAAAACCACGUUACUAACUUCUUUUAAGUUCUUCAAAGGUAGAAUUGCCAGUUUUACUUAAUGACGAUUCCCGCAUCAGUCAGUAAAAACAUACUUAUACGUAGAAAAUUUGUUGUCUAUUAUUUCGCAUCAGCGUGUUCUUAUUUUCUUUCCUUGUGAUUUUUUCUUAAUUCAUUUUCAUACCCAUCUAUAUCCUAUAAAAUAUAUAAACUUAUAAUAUACUAUACUUGCAAUAGAACAAUAUAACUGUUUAUUGAUUGGAUUAAAUAUUUUAUUUAAUUAUGUAAAUAAUAUAUAAUUAAAAAAAUUAAUACUGUUAUUUUUUAUAGAAAACUAACUCA